AUGGCGGCGCCUAGUCAGACUUCAGUACUCGACAUCAGUGGCCGCUGGCGCUUCAACCGAAAGCUCUCUGAUAAUAUGAAGGAGGCAUACAAGAUGCAAGGGACAUCUUUCUGGACUCGGAAGCUCCUCUCCUUCAUGACCAUUGAGCAGGAAUACAUCAAGCACCCUUAUUGCUUACCCUUCUCCGACGAUGUGGUCUUUAGCUUUCAACAGACCGUCCGCCGCCCCUGGUUUGGUGGCUUCAGGUUCAACAUUCCCAUGAACGACAGCAUGUACAUCUUGGACAACGAGGACCGAGCCGUCGUUCUUCCCGCGCCACUAGGGCCGGUGCGUGUACGAUGUCGGUAUGAUUUUGUCAACAGAACACCAACGUACACAACAGGGGAGAAAAUGACAACGGAAAAGAGCGGUGCUCAGAUCGGACAGAUGGCGUUUGAGUCGAGAAUGGAGACGGAUCCUGAUGUCGGCCUACCGGAACGGGCCGUCAUGAUCGAGGUGAUGGAGAGUUUGAGUCAGUUGGGCAAGGGCGCUGGAUGGAGGUCGAGUGUCGAAUGGGGCUUCGAGGUGAUUGCUGGGGAGAAAAGGCUGGUCAAGUGGGCCGUAACCGUGAAAGGGAGCCAAGUAGCCAAGGUGAAGAUGGUGUACGACUAUGUUGGGGAGCCUAUUGCACGCUCUGGCCGUGGCCAUGUGUAA